GAAAAUGUUUGCAAGAUGCGUUCCGAGGCAAGCAGCCCGUAGGGCAGUGAGAUCGAUCAGAUCCACCCACCAGAUGCCCAUGAGAAGACGCUACUCAAACUCCAGCGUCGCUCCUACAUCCAGUACACCAUCUCCUGGAGCUGCAUUGGGAGGUCUGAAUACCGAACUAGACAAGUUGUCCCCUCGCUUUGAUAUAUCCUCAUCCCAAAUCGAGAUUCUGAGGUCUCCCUCCGACUUUUACGAGACCUUGAAGGCAAAAUCUCUCAGACGCAACCCUAAGCUCAAAGUUUCCUUNUUGACGGAUUCUCUCCGAGGAACCAGAGAAACACCCAAAGCAUCAUGUGCCACCUUGCUAGCAGCGCUCAUCGACGAGUUCGGCCCAGAUCGUGUUGAAGUAUGCAUGUACCACACACCAAACCUGACUGGCAUGCGCAAAUCCAUGAUACCCAAGCGCAUCAACGAAGGCUGGGGGUUGCAACAUAUGAAACUCUACGGCAUUGACGACGAAAUCAUUAUGUCAGGUGCAAACCUUUCAUCCGAUUACUUUACCAAUCGUCAGGAUCGCUACCACCUGAUCUCUUGCAAACGUAUCACCGACUAUUUUGCAAAGGUGCAUGACACAGUGUGUAGCAUUAGCUACCGUGUAGUACCAAAUGCUUCUGCCCCUGGUGGAUUCAAUCUUACCUGGCCAACCACAAAUGCGCAUCCAGAGCCUUUGGCAAGCCCCAAAGAGUUCAUUACUCAAGCCACCAAACUGCUUGCUCCUCUGCUGAAACCUGCCACUUCCACUUCUGCUCAGACGCCAGCAACUGAUACACAAAUCUACCCUGUGCUUCAGUUGACACCUCUUCUCAAGCCCGACACGUCGACUGAACUGCCAGCUCUCACCACGAUCCUAGAGAGACUGGCCACUCCAGCUUUCGCAGGAAGCAAGUGGACNUUUACAGCUGGCUACUUCAACAUGACACCCUGGCUGCGCGACUUGCUGCUGGCAUCUAAUCCAUCGUCUGCAAAUGUCAUCGCUGCCUCGCCAUGGGCUAACGGGUUUUACGGCUCUCCGGGCGUUUCGGGUAUGCUGCCAGCCGCGUAUACACUCUUGGGUCGCCGCUUCCUCUCUUCGGUGCAAAAGGCCGGAUUGCAAAACCAGAUCACGCUCAAAGAAUGGAGAAAAGGCACUGUGAAUACGCCAGGUGGCUGGACGUAUCAUGCAAAGGGUAUUUGGGUUACUCUCAAGGACGAACCAGGUCCAAGUGUCAGUCUGAUUGGCAGCAGCAACUACACGAAGCGUAGCUACAGCUUGGAUCUAGAGGCAAAUGCGUUGAUCGUCACCAAGGAUGUGGGUUUGAUGAAGAGAUUGAAGGAGGAAGAGGAGUGGUUGCAGGAGUAUGCUACAAAGGUUGAUCAAGGGACAUUUGAGAAGACGGAACGCAGGGUUGGGUUGCAUGUGAGGAUUGCCAUGUGGAUUGUGACGCUGGUUGGCGGUGCUUUG